AUGGAGAAAAAAUGUCCAACUUAGAUUAGAUAGAGAAAAAAACAUUCUUUUGCCAUUUUCCCUAAAAAACUCAAAGAAUGGCAAUGGCGUUUUCUCUGCAAUUCAACAACCCCAUCUCAACUUUUUCAUGUUCUAACCUUUAUAAUGGGACUAGAACUCAACCCUUUAAAUUCUUGUGUACUUCUUCUCCACAAUCUGAUUCUUCCAAUAGCAAAGAAGAAGCUAUUCAAGACUCAUCUGGGGAAAAUGAUAAAGGGUAUGUGAUUCUGGUGGAGAAGUACAGGAAUGGAACUUUGAAAAGGUAUGUUAUAGAUAAUGACUCUGAAAUGAAAAUGUUUCUUGAGGAGCAUGUACCCACGACUAGUAGAUCCCAAGAUCUUGAUAUCUCUGGCAUGGAGUUAUCUUGGCUCCCUAAGGUUAUCAAGGAUUUUGUGUUACCAUCAGGUUUCCCAGAUACAGUUUCAGAUGAUUACUUGGACUACAUGUUGCUUCAGUUCCCAACCAAUGUAACUGGAUGGAUCUGUCACACGCUGGUGACUUCAAGUCUCUUAAAGGCAUUUGGAGUGGGAUCUUUCUCCGGAACUUCCGCAGCUGCUUCAGCUGCUGCUUCUGCUGCUGCCAUCAGAUGGGUUUCAAAGGAUGGAAUUGGUGCCCUUGGACGCUUUUUCAUUGGUGGGCGGUUUGGCAAUCUUUUUGAUGAUGAUCCUAAACAAUGGCGCAUGUAUGCAGAUUUCAUUGGCAGUGCAGGAAGUAUAUUUGAUCUAUGUACCCCUCUCUAUCCAUCUUAUUUCCUACCCUUAGCAUCACUUGGAAAUCUUGCCAAGGCUGUAGCAAGGGGGCUAAAGGACCCUUCAUUCCGGGUUAUACAAAACCACUUUGCUAUCGCUGGAAAUUUGGGAGACGUAGCAGCAAAGGAGGAAGUCUGGGAAGUAGCAGCUGAGCUGCUAGGUCUUUCUCUUGGCAUACUAGCUUUGGAUACUCCUAAUAUCUCAAAGUCUUAUCCUACAUUGGCACUAACAUGGUUAAGUGUGCGGAUCCUACAUCUUUGGUUUCGCUAUCAGUCUCUUUCAGUUCUGCAGUUCAACACGAUAAAUCUCAAACGGGCUCGCAUAUUAGUGAACUCUCAUGUUUUACACUGUACAGUUCCAGGAAUCAAUGAAUGCAAUAGGAUGGAGAGCAUCUUAUUGUGGGAAAGAUUCUUAAGGCCACAAAUUAUUUUUGAGAUAUCUUUGGAGGAGAUGAUCAAUGGGGGCAAAUACAGAUCCAUGCAAAUCAAGCAACUCCUUCAUAUGUACAAGGAGGAAAAAUAUUUUCUUGUAGUAAAUCAACAAAUGCCAAUAGAUUUUCAGGUUUUUGUAUCUUUCAAGGAAGGUGCCACAAGCAUAUCCGUGUUUCGAAGUGUAUGGCAAACCUAUUGGCUAUAUCAAAACUGGGGCUGGUCAGAUAAUAUCUUUGAUCGACUUGAACAGAGCUUGGUCGAAUUGAGAGAUAGAUUUCCUGAUCUAUUACAACAACUAACUGAUGCUGGAUGGGAUACAAAUAAUUUAAGUUUAAAGGUCCCAAAAGAAAUGUUGAUCAGCGAGCUGAGUUAAUUUCACAUAUGGCCACUGAGUUUUAUCCACUACAACAGUAAACCUACUGUUACAGUGAGUAAAGUUAAGUAACCAUACGUGAAAUUAACUCUUCCUGCAGCGU